AUGCCUGGCCCCCAGGGGGGCGGAGGAGCCCCCACCAUGAGCCUGGGCAAGCUCUCGCCCGUGGGCUGGGUGUCCAGCUCCCAGGGAAAGAGGCGGCUCACUGCAGACAUGAUCAGCCCCCCGCUCGGGGACUUCCGCCACACCAUGCACGUGGGCCGAGGCGGGGACGUCUUCGGUGACACCUCCUUCCUCAGCAACCAUGGUGGCAGCUCUGGGGGCACCCACCGCUCACCGCGCAGCUUCCUAGCCAGAAAGCUCCAGCAGGUGCGGAGGGUUGGGGUGCCACCCCGAAGGAUGGCAUCCCCUCCAGCGCCCUCGCCGGCUCCCCCUGCCAUCUCCCCCAUCAUCAAGAACGCCAUCUCCCUGCCCCAGCUCAACCAGGCCACCUACGACAGCCUGGUGGUGGGCAAGCUCAGCUUCGAUGGCAGCCCCACGGGCUCCGCAGAUGGCCGCUCCAGUUACGGCCUGGACUCGGGAUUCUGCACCAUCUCCCGUCUGCCCCGCCUGGAAAAGCCCAGCAACCCAGACCGAGACCGAGACAGCUCCUUCCCCGCUGAGCCUGAGCUUCGCCGCUCUGACUCCCUCUUGUCCUUCCGCCUUGACCUUGACCUUGGGCCCUCUCUCCUCAGUGAGCUUCUAGGGGUCAUGAGCCUCUCCGAUUCCCCUGCAGCUGAGACCCCAGGCGCUGCCACAAGCCCCGCAGGACCUGCCACAAACCCUCCAGGCGCUGCCACAAAGCCCCCAGAACCUGCCACAAACCCCCCAGCACCUGCCACAAACCCCCCAGCACCUAACCCCACUGUAAGUCCUCUGUCUCAUGGACAUUUCCCCAAUGGGGUGACUGCUAAGCUGGGCCCAGUGGCUGAAGUGAGGGCCAACCCACUGGGAGAGGGUCCCCGGGGACCUGCCGACAUGGCCCUGGGCAGGCGUUGGGGAGCGGGAUGGGGGGGCAGCCGCCACUACACCGAAAUGGAUGCCCGCCGGGAGCUGGUGGAGGUGCUGCCCCAGGCCCGGGGCUCCUGGGAGAGCCUAGAGGAGGAGUGGAGGGCCCCCGUGCCCAGCACAGUACAGGCCCACACCUUUGCGUUUGCAGAUGCUGAGGAGGAUGACGAGGUCAAGGUGUGAAUGCAGGUCGAGGGCUUGGGGACCUCAUGGAGAGCCGGGGGCAGACCAGCCCCUGGCCUACCAGAGUUGGCUCCUGCCAGACAAGAUGGGGGAACCCACGUCCCCCUAAACCCCUGCAGGUCUCUGCAGGGCAGACAUGGGAGAGAGGACAGGAGACCCACUUUGUCGUGGGACCUGGGUCCCCAGCGGCCAUGCUGAGCUAAUAGGCCUCCCUUAGGCCCCACCC